AUUCAACGCGCUUAAAAUAAACUUAAGUAAAAAUAACGUAAAUUGAAAUGAACUAAUAUUUAAAGCUCUUUAGUUUAGAAUUUUAUGCGACUGAACACCUUGCACAUAUCAACGACUACCCGAAAAGGGUAUUAUUUUUUUUUUUUCUUUUUGGUACUCAAGUGGUGGACUUUACAAGGGGAAUCCUUUACCUUCUCAUCAUCCACAUCUUUCUCUCUCCUCUUUUAACUUUCUCUCUCUUCUCUUCUCUUCUCUUCUACUCUCUCUCUCAUCCUCUAUCUCUGUCUGCGGUUGCUGUUUUGUCUAUCUUUAUAAGCAUCAUCCAAGAUGAUGAAGGGUUUGGGAUUAGAUGAAAGCAUGUCAAAUUUAACUUCUACAAUAUCUGGUGAAACAAGCAUUUCUUCCAAUGCUAGAAACGAUAAUCAAUCUUCCUCCACCGCCACCAACGUCGCCGCCACCGCCAGCACCAACACCAUGUUGUACACUCAACCAUCCGCCUCAUCAUUUGCUUCUACUCAUCAAGUUCAACCUCCUCCUGCUAAGAAGAAAAGAGGCCUCCCCGGAAACCCAGACCCAGAAGCGGAAGUGAUAGCACUAUCACCAAAGAGUUUACUAGCAACAAACAGGUUUAUAUGUGAGAUAUGCAACAAAGGGUUUCAAAGAGAUCAAAAUUUACAGCUUCAUAGGAGAGGACAUAAUCUACCAUGGAAGCUAAAACAAAGAGCUAAAGAUCAGAUAAUAAGAAAGAAAGUGUACGUUUGUCCAGAGCCAAGCUGUGUGCACCAUGAACCUUCUAGAGCACUUGGGGAUUUAACUGGGAUUAAGAAGCAUUUUUGUAGGAAACAUGGUGAGAAGAAGUGGAAAUGUGAAAAAUGCUCUAAGAAAUAUGCUGUUCAAUCUGAUUGGAAAGCUCAUUCUAAGAUUUGUGGUACUAGAGAGUAUAGAUGUGAUUGUGGCACUCUUUUCUCUAGAAGGGACAGUUUCAUAACACACAGAGCAUUUUGUGAUGCAUUAGCAGAAGAAAGUGCAAGAGGAAUAAAUCCACUAAUUAGUUUUCCAUCCUCAGUAUCAUCUCACCAAACUGGUGUUUCAUUAAACACAUGUUCAACCCCAUUAUCCCAUCUCACUCUUCCCCCUCACUUAUCUUCUCAUCAUCAACUCUUACAAUCUCUUCCUCUUAAAAGAGAGCCUAAUACUGAUCAUCACCAUAAUUUAAUCACCAUGAGAUCAGAUAAUAAUAAUAAUAAUCAUAAUAAUAAUAAUAAUAAUAAUAAUAAUAACAAUAAUAAUAUUCCACCAUGGUUAGCUUGUCCUCCCCCACCACAACAAAAUAUGGUUGAUAUUGGUGGGUCCCACCACCCUCUUGACCACCACCAACAACCUUCUCAUUUGUAUACUUUUAACCAGUAUGAUCAAAAUGGUGGGGUGGGGCCUACAUUAUCUUCUUUUCAAGCGCCGGCAAAUCCCCAGAUGUCGGCGACGGCGUUACUACAAAAGGCGGCGGAGAUGGGUGUGACGGUUAGUACUAGUUGUGGACUAGCUGGGUUUAUAGGAGAUGAUCAAACAGAAGAACAUAAUCAGCAGUCUUCUAUGUUGCAUGAUGUUAUGUUGUUGACAUCUUUUCAGUCAAACUCAGUAAGUGGUGGGUUUGACUCCUCGGGGUUUGGAGAUUUUCAUCAAGCUAUGGCGGCUACAAAGGCGGCGCAAGGUAAUGGAGGUGGUGGAGGGAGUGGUGGUGGUGGUGGGAAUGAGGGGUUGACUAGAGAUUUCUUGGGGUUGAGAACUUUUUCACAUAAGGAUUUUCUUAACAUGGCAGCACUUGGACAUAUGAGUUCAUCUUCACCUUCUUUUCCACAACAACAUGAUCAUCAAAAUCAAACACCUUGGUAAGAACAACAAAUGGGUUAAACAGGCCGGUGGAAUCUAAAUUCGAGUCUGCCUAAGUUGUACGUGAUCGGAAAAAAAAAAAGAUAAUUAUGAAUUUGAUUUUGUACACAUGCAAAAAUGAGCAGAAAUGAGCUAUUAUUCAAUCUAAGAAAAGCUCUGAUACCAUAUUAAGAAAUUAACUCAACUAAAAACGUAAACUCAGUUCGUUGUUGGGUUAAAUUAGUUGUUUUUUUCUUUGAAUUGUAUGUUUAUAGGAAUUAGUGAACACUAUUUCUCUUGUUAUAAACUUUGUAAUUCUUCACUAUGUUAAAUAAAUUAAUUUAAUUUUUCUGCAA